AAUCUCAGUCACCAGAUUGCACACUUCAACAAAAUACGCAACCAGUGGAAGGUGUUGAUUUGAUUUUAACAUGUACGACCGAAGGAAUACCGCCACCAACGGUACAGUGGUUCAAAGAUGGCUAUCAUAUAGAGGAAUCUGAACGGUAUACAUUUUCUAAAGAUGGAACAGAAUUGACUAUACACAAUACUCAUCGAAAUGAUAGUGGUGUAUAUAUUUGUAAUGUGACAAAUUUAGUUGGAUCGUCUUCGUGUUAUGAUCUAAUCGAUGUUUGGUAUUUACCAAAUGAUGGUUGGCCAAACUGUACUGUAUCUGAUGAACCAUCCACUGGCUAUUUCCAGGAAGGAGAUCAGAUUGUUAUUAUAUGUGGCGCCAGUGGAGGGAAUCCAACUCCAGAAUUGUAUUGGCAUGACAAUUAUUUAAAACCACUGGAGAAAAGUUGCAUCUGGAAUAAGCAAGAACCAACUCAUGACUUAACGAUUUCUUCAUGUACAUGGAAACUGGAGUCUUCAGACAAUGGACGUGUAUACACGUGUACUGGUAAAUCUGAUGCAUCUUCUAAGACGUAUGACUGUGAUACUGGGCAACUAGAUGUUAAAUAUGCCCCAGAUACUCCAAUGUGUAAUGAGGCAGCAGAGAACAACGUUUUCAAGGAAGGAAAUGAAAUUACUCUGACAUGUGUAUCAUUAGAUGGAAACCCACUCGCAACUCUGCAAUGGGUAAAUACAUCUAGUGGCAUGUUCAUGACUGGAACUACACCGGAACCUGACGACAGUGAGAGUAUUGCUACUUAUAAUUGGACUCUCAGCAGGGCUGAUAAUACCGGUGUGUAUGUGUGUGGAGCAACCAAUAUUAUACAGACAGUUCCCCUCACAUGUAGCAGUGGACCACUAAAUGUAUCAUUUGCUGCAAUGGAUAUAUUAUUAUCGGAACCAAACAAUCCUUACAAACGUGGUGAAUACAUAACCGUGACGUGUACAUCUAGUAGUAGUAACCCACCGUCAUCUAUUGCAUGGUAUCGAAAUAAUACAUUAGUUAUGAACAGCGAAUACGAAACUGUUGUUGAUACUGACUACAUUGAUGGUGAAUGCAAUGGAACCAUCACCCAGCAGGAAUUGGAGAUAUAUUUGACCGCUCAACACAAUAGCGCUGUGUAUCAAUGCGCAUCUUUACUGUUCGUAAACUACGAAACUAUUCAUUCAGACAACAUAAUAUUGGAUGUAUAUUAUAGUCCAUUUAUUGAAAAUACUGACGAGGGUUUGGUAAAAGCUGACGUAAUGGAAACAGCUAAUCUAACGUGUGAAGUUAAUAGUAACCCGGAUUCCAAUAUCACGUGGUAUGAUUCAUUGGGGAAUGAGGUCAUCAACGGUACAAACAGAAGUAUAAUUGUUGAAAUAAAGAAAGACACAGUACAGACUAGUGUGUUGUUAAUUACAAACGUGACAUACACAGAUUAUGGAAAUUACACAUGCUAUGCAGAGAACUAUAUUGAUAUGACGUAUUUCGUUGUUUUCCUGAGUGGGACAAGUAUAGUAUAUUAUCCAGUGAAGGACGGUCAAUCGUAUAAAACAGAGAUCCUAAUAUGCCUAAUGUGUUCAUUAAUCCUCAUCAUAGUUGACAUUAUAUUAGUGUAUUUUAUACGCAGAGAAGACUGGAUGGUUAAAUCCGAAGAUCAGAUGACACGUGAUCAACAAGAACCCAUCAGUAAGAAUGAAAGUGUGAAACCUAGACCAAGAGGAAAUGUCAAACGUAAAGUAUGUGACAAGCCUGAAAUGUCUGCUAAAAUAGCCGUCCUUGAGCGAACGUACGACAAUGUGCCUGGUGAGUUUGACGGCCAAAACAAAACAGUGGUCGUAGACGCAAAUAAAUAUGUUAAAAGGGAUGAAUCAACAUCACAUGCAAAGGGCGAUCGUGUUAAUGAUAUUGCCUACGCCGACUUAGAUUUUGAUGUACAACUAAAUCUCGUGGCCAGCAGUGGACAAUCGAAGCCAAAGAAUCGUGGAGCUGAUGCUACGGAAUAUGCAUCAAUAUCUUUUACUAAUGGAAAAUAA